AUGGCGCGGGAGCAGGCAGAGGGGGCCUCUGCGCCUCUCGGUUCUCAGACGCUUCUGGACAAUCUGCUCCAGAACCUCUACGACUUUGACCCUCCUGACCCUGGAGAAACAGAAGGUGAGACAGAACACAAAAGGAUCAGAAAGAAAAGAGAAAAUAAGAAGAGAGAUGUAGAGGCCCCAGUGGCCCUGGUGGCAGCUCCCCCAUCUGGAUCUCUUGUCAGAGGCCCAAAGAAGCACCGCGCUUCCAGCUUCUUCAAGGAACUCAGAGAAGAGCUGCAGUGUGCCCCUACUGAGAACCCUGCUGACUUCCUGUCCGGAUCUCAAGUCCCUACUGUUGAAGCUUCUUCCUCUUCCCUGAAGAAUGACAGGAAGCACGUAGAAGUGGUAGAAUUUCACAGCAGAAAUAAAAGAAAAAAACAGAAGCUGGGUCAAGAAGAGAACACAAAGACCAAAGCUAGUGUUCUCCAGAAAGAUGGGAAUAUACAAGAAUUUAAUUUAGAAAAGGCUCGCUUGGAAGUGCACAGGUUUGGGAUCAUGGGUUAUGGAAAAGGAAAGGAAAGAGUCCUGGAACAGGAGCGCGCCAUCAUGCUGGGUGCAAAGCCUCCCAAAAAUAGUUAUGUGAAUUACAAGGUUUUACAGGAACAAAUCAAAGAAAAAAAGGCAGCAAAGGAAGAAGAAAAGAGAAUGGCCCAGGACACAGAGAUUUUCAAGAAAAAGAAGAGGAAAGGGCAGGAAGACAGGAAGUCCAAAAAGAAGAAAUCAGCUCCCAGUAUUUUGUCGGGUGGACAGAUUGGACAGGUUGGAAAAUUCAAAAAUGGGACACUGAUUCUGAGCCAAGUUGAUAUCAGGAAAAUAAAUUCUUCCAGAGUGGCUAAAUGAAGUACUUCAUAUAAAAUAAAGACAGGAGCAGGAAAGACUGAAGCUGGGCCCUACCGAGACUUCCAGAUUAAUCUUAUUUUUUUCAUAUUUCAUUGAUUGCUUUUUUAUUUUAGAAAAAAUCCAGUGGGAAUGCAAUUUCUAGUUACUGAAUUUUUUAUGGUGAUAACUGCUGCAGUGGAAUAUAAAGUACACCGAUUGAAAAGAAUGUUUAUUAUUUUGAUAAAGGUUCAUUCCGGUUACACUUUCACUGGGGCUUUUUGUACAUUUGCUUGUAAUAAGAUUUUUUUGUCAUUUUAUUGAUGAGUAAGUUUUCCUGGUGACCUUUAAAUUCUUUCAAUUUAAAAAAAGAUAA